AUUUCGGAUUCUUGAAAACUUAGGUUAUGAUUAUAAUUUAUUUUUAGUUUUAAUAAGGGGAUGACGUCUGAAUAAUAUAAACAAACUUUCGAAGCUCGUAAUCUGAAUUUAACCAAACAUUUUACAACUAUGGAGAUAGUGAAGGGUAAUUCGGCUACAUUGAGUAAUUUUGAAGUUCUAAAACAUUUACAAAAAGUGAAAAGCAGUAAAAUGAAACCCAACGGCCAACUUGCUACCAUUACAUAUGAGACUAUUCGCUACUUGGAGGAAACACCAUGUAGUCAGGAAACUCCGGAGAGUAUUAAGGAAUGUGUGAAGGCAUUGGCCCCCUUUAAUCUAAGUAAGACUGAGAUAUUGAUGAUUAUUAACUCUCCUCCUACAUCAGCUCUAGAAAUUCAGUUGUUAAUCGAAGAAAGUGAAGAAAGAUUAACAGAAGAACAAGUAGAAAACAUGUUGGAAAUUAUUGCAAAGUGCUUCCCCCAUAUUAAAAACCAAAAUGAUGAAGACGAAGAAGAACCAGAAUAACAGUUAUCAAGAUAAAUAUAAUCAACUGUGAUAUCACCUGUUUUUGUGAAAUGGUAUUGAAAGUACUUUUUUUUUGUUAAUGAUCAAAAUGUUUUACUUAUGUCUUCAAGAAAUGAAGUUGUUUCGUUAAGGAAUAAAUUGGAAGGGGACUUUUUUACAUGAUUAUAUUAAUAUAGUCAAUCCAAAUAAUUCAGUUAGAAACUUGUGAUGCACUGUUGAGAACCUUUGGUGUAGUAAUGAAUAUUACUGGAGUUUUAUCCCAACACCAAACCGUUAUUUUAACACCUCGACAUGUGUUUCGAUCACCAAGUGAUCAUCUUCAAGAGGAAGAUCAAACAGUUUUAUCAUUAUAUAUGUAAAAAAAGCACGGAGUUCUUGUACGCGUUCACGAUAUAAAUUUUUCAGUAAUAGAACUGAUACACUGAA